AUGGAGACAGAGGAGAAUGCAAAUGCAGAGCGUCCCGCCACACCUCCGCCAACGUACGAAGCCACGCAGAAAGAACACCCGCCAUUCGGACACCAGCCGCCGCUGCCGUUCGAAGCCAAUGGCGGCACCGACGGGAGGAGGCCGCACACCGACGGGAGGAGGCCGCACACCGAAGCGGAUGUUGCCGACAUCAGGGCCACGUUCAGCUUUCUCAGACUAGGUACCCAGAGGGGCCCGGAUGUAGACUCCUGCCUCGCGCACCUGAAGCUCCUGUACGCCAUCCAGACGCUGAAGGACGAGGUCGGCUACACCGAUGGCCUCUGGGACUUGUGGGAUGUCCGCGCGGGGCCUCUCCCUGGUUCUGAAGCCGAGGAGCAAAGCGGUUCAAGCAAAGACUCUGAGGACCGUGCGAAGAAGACUUUGGCCAUGAUUCGCGAGAAGCGGUGGGCCGUCUACUUGGCGCGGGCUGUCGACCGUUACGAGACCUGGUGGAAGACACUCUCGGAAGGUCGUCUUCGCGAGCCAGAGAUGAGAAACGUUGACAAGUUCCCUGGGAAGUAUGUAAAGUUCCCCGAUGGGCGCAAGGACUAUCCCUGGGACGUUGAUAAUCUACCGCCUCUGGACGUACUCAUGGUUUGGCACUCGCACAUGCUCAACCCAAGGGCUUUUCUCGAGGACACCAUGCGUUGGGGUCUUCGGUCUUUCUGGACGACAGGCAUGCCCUGGGCCCAAGUCAACCAGGUAAUCACCUCCAAGUUCGAUCAUAAAGUUCCAAGCUCCGCCAAAUCCAACUGGGAACAAAAGACGGGUAGACCAUGGGACAACCUCGAGGAACCAAUGGUGAAGUUCCUCGAGUGUCCAGCAUGUAAGCGAACCAUCGAAGUCCCUUGGACCACAUGCGGCUUGCCGGAGAGAUACAAGGGCGACGCACGACCGGGUCUAGUCGGACACGGGUACGGAGAUGGAGAUUUCUCUCAGCACUGUGAGCCCGGCUGCGGCAGCCUCAUCACUCAACGCCUCCUUUCCGUGGCCAAGAUGAUUGACGACGCGGAAUGGUACCUCAACUAUGGCAUCACCAUUCCCAGCACCGUCCUCGAGCCAAAGACUGGCAUGCCAGUCGCCAACGAGGAACAUCUUCUAGAUGUGACCUUUCCGAACAGGCUCGUGGGCCACGGCAUCUCCGGACAGCUGAUCAAUCUGAUCCAACCAGGCCAGCAAAAGACUCAUACUAUGCAGGACGUCCGGGACCUGAUCUCUGAGGCGUUGUCGGAUCAAGAGUCGUUCGCCAUAAUACAGAAGGAGAAGCUUGCCAAGGUGGGAAGGAGUGAUGUUGCAGCGGUCAAGGGGUUGACCCGGACGGAAAAGUUCCAGACCGCCAAGAUGAUGGCAAGAUAUUGGGAAAACCAUUCCAUCUUCGCUCUGGAUCUCGUUGCCGCAACCAUGCGCCAGGGGGUGUUCAUCGGCAAGAUGUACUCGAUCGACUGGCUGCACAGUCCCAACGUCCGGGGCACUAUGGACCGCCUGGUACAAAAGUACCACCGCUUCAUGCUGAUCAUGACCAAGAACCCCCUCACGAUGUGCGUGCCGACCCUUGACGUCGACCUUGCGUGGCACACCCACCAGCUGGCGCCCAGGGCGUACUACAAGUAUUCCACGCACAACAGCGCAACCAAUGGCAACAAGCAGGCCAGGUUCAUCGACCACAACGACAAGGUGGACGAGGACCAGCUCUCCAACUCGUUUGAGUGGACGUGCAGGAUGUACCUCAAAACGUUUGGCGAAGUGUACUCCGAGUGUACCUGUUGGUAUUGCGAAGCCCUCCGCGUCAACUCCGUGAUUAACAGCACAUCCAUCUUCGGAAGGACCAAGGAACAGAAAGCCAUCGACAGCUUCAACAUGUCCCCGGCCGCGGCCGCCUGCGACUCCUCGUCCUCGGCCCACGUCUCCGCGCACAACGCCUGCCACGCGGACGCGUCGUCGCCCCUCAACAGGGCCCGCGGCUUCCAGCGGGCCGCCUGGGCCUCUCGCCUCGACGACGGCUACGAGCGGGCCGUCAAGCGGGCCGCCAAGCGAGGCAAGAAGCUGCCGCCCAAGGAGGAGUUCUACAACCAUUGGGGCAAGACGUACUUUCAGUACGCCCCGGUCUCGAGCCCGGCGUACUUCACGAAGGACAUCUACGUGGCCGGCGACCCUAGCGUCCUGAACGGGUCCUGGGCAUCAUGUGCCCAGGGAGUGGUUGGUCCAAAUGACAUUGCAGCUGGGGGCUGUGGCGGCCCUGGCGGGUGCACGAAUACGAAGGGAACCUGA